AUGAACUCAACCCACACUGAGAAGGCGGAGAUCAAUUCUUUUUGCUAUGAAUAUUUAAAUGGAUCUUGCCCAAAGUUUGUAUAUCCUCUGUUUUUGAAGGUGCCGCUUUAUUUGUUCUUUGGUUCAGUGGUGAUUUUAACAGUAUUUGGUAAUCUGUUUGUCAUCAUAACUGUUGUUCAUUUUAAGCAGCUUCACAUGCCAACUAACUUCCUCGUUCUGUCUCUGGCUGUAACUGAUCUGCUGCUGGGAGCACUUUUUAUGCCACCCUUUAUGAUACAGUCUGUAGAGACUUGCUGGUAUUUGGGCAAUAUAUUCUACAGAUAUUAUGCUGUGUGUCAUCCCCUGCUGUAUCACAGUAAAAUCACUUCCUUUGUCACAUUAAUCAUGAUUGUCAUCUGCUGGACUUUCUCAGCAGCAAUUGGGUUUAUUAUAAUAUAUCUGGAGCUGAACAUUCUGGGUGUUGAAGAGUUUUACUAUGAGAAUGUUGCAUGUGAAGGAGGUUGUGUGUUGUUUCAAAGUGCAGCAUCGAGCACUUCUUCCUCUGUACUGUCCUUCUACAUCCCAGGAGUUAUUAUGCUCAGUAUAUACAUGAAAAUAUUCCGUGUUGCACAAAAGCAAGCAAAAUCUAUCCAGGAUUCAAAAUGCAAGAGCAAUAUACAAUCAGUGUUGAGCAAAGAAGAAAAAAAAGCCACCAAAACUCUGGCUGUGGUUUUAGGGGUGUUCCUCUCACUUUGGACGCCAUUUUUUAUCUGCAAUGUCAUGAAUCCCUUCAUAGGUUAUACAAUCCCUCCAGUAUUGAUUGAAAUGUUUGGUUGGAUUGGAUUUAUGAAUUCUACUUGUAAUCCUAUUGUUUAUGCUUUCUUCUACAAGUGGUUUAGAAAAGCAUUCAGGAUUAUUAUAUCAGGUCAAAUAUUUCAGCCAGGGUCCUCAAGAACAAACUUGUUUUCACAUUGA